AUGUUAGUAGUAGAGAAAAUUACCGAUUUAACUCCAGUUAAAUUUUUAAAUGUGGAAGGACAAAUUCCUGAGAACAUUAAUUUAGCAGAUGAUACUUUUUAUGUUCCAGGUCCCAUUGACUGUUUAUUGGGUGCGGAAAUUUUCUAUGAAUUAUUACGCUGCGGGCAAAUAUAUUCUGAAAAUUCUAAUCUUAUUUUCCAAAAUACAGUGUUUGGGUUUGUGGCUUCAGGUAGUAGUACUUGUGUAAAUAGUGAGUUAAACGUACAUUGUGGAUUAAUUAAGGAAGGAGAUUUAAAUGAUACCUUAAGAAAAUUUUGGGAAUUAGAAAAUGUUGAUUUAGAGCGAACCAAAAAUAAAGAGGCAGUUUUGUGUGAGGAACAUUUCGUGAAAACGCAUUCAAGGGAUGUUGAGGGCCGGUACAUAGUUAAAAUGCCCCUUAAAGAUGAUCCGAAAUGUUUAGGUGAAUCAAGGGACAUAGCUCUCAAACGUUUGGAUGCUCUGUGUAUUAGGUUAGAGAGAGAUCCUCAAUACCUAAAAUUAUACAAAGAUUUCAUACACGAAUAUGAACAUUUAGGACACAUGAAAGAAAUAAUCACUGAGGAGGAUAAUUCAGAGAUAAGAUAUUAUAUGCCACACCAUGGCGUAUAUCGGCCACAAAAAAGUACCACUAAAUUGAGAGUGGUCUUUAAUGCGUCGAAUCCGACAAGUAAUGGAUUGUCACUCAAUGCGUUGCAAUAUAACGGAGGACUUGUGCAAGAUGACUUAUUUGCAAUAAUGCUAAAAUUCAGAGAGCAUCCUUAUGCCUUUACGGCCGAUGUUAAAAUGAUGUAUCGUAUGAUACUCAUGCACGAGAGCCAGCAACCAUUGCUCAGAAUUUUAUGGAAAGAGAAUCGUGAUGAUCCAGUAAAAACGUUUGAGCUAAAAACAGUGACUUAUGGGACAGUGAGUGCUCCCUUUUUAGCAACAAGAGUACUGUUGCAACUAUCUAAAGAUGAAGAGAAGAGCUUUCCCUUAGCAGCACCAAUUCUUAGACAGAACUUUUACAUGGAUGACGUUCUUUGCGGCGCGUCUUCUUUAGAGGAAGCUAAGGAACUGAAGAGUCAACUUUCUGGUAUAUUGGCGAAGGGAGGAAUGCAGCUUCAUAAGUGGUCCAGCAGCCACUUAGAACUGGCUUCAAAUAUCGAUGGAGGAUAUGACUUUGAAAAUCUCAUCGAGACUAAGACGUUAGGAGUGUCCUGGAAGUCACUAGAGGACUGUUUUGUUUUCAGAGUUGCAGUCGAUUUAAAGAAUUCUUACAACAAGAGAUGUGUUCUUUCAACUAUUGCUAGACUUUUCGACCCACUGGGACUACUUGGUCCAGUAGUCGCAAAAGCCAAAAUCUUCAUGCAGAGCCUUUGGAGUCUUAAAAUUGAUUGGAUGGAUGAGUUGCCAUCUGAAAGAGCCAAAGAAUGGCACCAGUUUCUUGAAGAUUUCAAGAGUAUAAACAGUAUCUGUAUUGAAAGGUGUAUUGUGCAUCCGCAUGCGACGAGGAUUGAAUUACACGGUUUUGCCGACGCUUCAGAAAAGUGUUACGGAGCAGUGAUAUACUGUCGUUCUUAUUCGUCAAACGGCAUACCAACAGUGAAACUUGUGACGAGCAAAAGCAGAGUUGCACCCGUGAAAAGUGUCACAAUACCGCGGCUUGAGCUGUGUGCCGCCGUCCUCUUGUCAAAGCUGAUGAAACGAGUUGUGACUGCUUUACAAGUUGAUUCACCUCCAACGUACAUGUGGAGUGAUUCAACAAUCGUUUUAGCAUGGAUCCAAAAAGACCCUAACAUGCUAAAGACCUUUGUGGGAAAUCGAGUUUCCACCAUUCAACAGCUGACCUCUGCAGAACAGUGGCAUCAUGUUCCCUCGUCUCAGAACCCGGCUGACCUCAUUUCCAGAGGUCUCGACCCAUCAAGCCUGCACCACAGUUCAUUAUGGUGGACUGGACCUCCAUUCUUGUCCACUGAGGACAUGUUUUCCAGUGAGCCACCACCAGUGAGUUCCAUUGAAGAGUUCCAAUCCGAGUUAAAGACAAACCAGAGAGUGAUACAACAUGAACUAGAACGUUUAAAAUUUAGUGACUCUAAUAACUUUGUUUAUCUUAAUGCUAAAGUGAACAAUUUUGUGCAUGAUAUAAUUGGUUUAAGUAAUAAUUAUUGUCGUUUAAUUAGGAUAUUAAGUUAUAUUUACAGGUUCUUGAACAAUUGUAGAGUUAAUUUUCCUAAGAAUUUUGGAAUCUUAAAAGCUAUUGAAUUAAAGGAAUCUGAAAUGAAGCUCCUUAAAAUUAUUCAAGAGGAAGACUUUCACAAGGAAAUCAAGUCUCUCAAGGUAUCAGGUUUUGUCAAUACUGACAGUCAGGCUAAACCUGUUACUUUAGACCAGAUAAUGGGAGAUUUGCCGAGAGAUCGAGUAACACCUAACUAUCCAUUCAAUGUGAGUGGAGUUGAUUUUUGUGGACCAUUCUUCAUAAAAUAUCGCAACCAGAGGAAAGGUAUUUUAAAUAAAGUCUAUGUGUGUAUUUUUAUAUGCUUUGUAACCAAAGCAAUUCAUCUAGAGAUUGUGAGUGACUUAACGAGUGGAGCUUUUAUUGCUACACUAAAAAGAUUUUUUGCAAGGAGAGGCAAAUCAUCCAAAAUUUAUUCGGAUAACGCUCAAACUUUUAUUGGAGCGAUUAGGGAAAUUAAGAGAUUACUUGAGAUUGUAAUUGAUCAAGAUAAAAUUCUUGCUGAGUAUUUACUCUCAGAGGGAGUUGAAUGGAAAUUCAUUCCACCCCGUUCACCCAAUUUUGGAGGCCUUUGGGAGGCUGGAGUGAAGUCCUUUAAGUACCAUCUUAAACGUGUAGUAGGUAAAGCUAAUUUAACUUAUGAGGAAUUUUUGACAGUUACAAAUCAAAUAGAAGGAAUUCUAAAUUCCAGACCAUUAUCACCAUUGUCCUCAGAUAUAGAUGACUUAAAGGUCUUGACACCGGCACAUUUUUUAAUAGGCAGGCCUAUCAGUGCAAUAAUAGAACCAGAUAUUACGAGUAUAGACACUAAUAGGUUAAAAUUGUGGCAAAGAGUAACGAAAAUUGUCCAACUUAUUUGGAAACGUUGGCAUAUUACCUAUUUAAGCCAUUUACAAAAUCGCACGAAAUGGCAAAUAAUCAAAGCCAAUGUCAAGAUAGGUGAUUUGGUACUGUUGAAAGAGGAAAAUUUACCGAGUACCAAAUGGGCUAUUGGUCGUAUUCUGAAUAUUUACCACGGUAAGGAUGGUAACGACACUAAAGAAGGGUGCGGACAGUAUACAGCUUCAUCUGCCAAACCUGUUCUUGGGUAUCGUGAGAGUGCAUUCGCUCUCUUUCUAAGCGUCUUUGAUGUCAGCAACCGCAAAUAUCGCUCCGCCAAAGGUCAUGCAAUAAGCAAAGAGCUAGCAACCCUUCCAGUAAUCUGUCGCAACUUGCCUAUAGUCCCAUUCCGAAGUAGGUGA